CUAUACACCUGCUCCUACGAUCCACCCCCUUUUCGUCCAAAGUCGAACGGAUUCCCAUUUCUAGACGGGAUAUCCUUGGCUUAGGUGGUGCAUAUUGGCUCCAAGUUUUUCGUCAAAAAGCAGCAAUCGAGUGCUUUCAUUUUUAUAAUUAUCCGAGUUUCAAAAUUUAUAGUGUCGGUCAUGGGAAGUAUGGUAUAAAAGACGAGUGACGUCAUUGUUACAUUUUCAAAGAUUACGUGAUUCAUCAUGAAAGUGUAUUCAUCGUUUCACACUCUCCCUUUAUUUUUCUUUACGGUGAUGGCUAAGAGGAACGAUAUAUUCGUGUCUGAAUACGAAUCCUGGAUUUCGAAUGACGAUUUCACGACGAUAAUUAAAUUGUCGUUUCCUCUCUCGAAGUGCUGCAACAUUUUCUUAAGCGAUUCGAUCGAAGAUUUGGAAGCACUAUUCAGUCAAUUCAGAAGUAUCUAUCCACACGAGUACCUCUUGAAACGGAACGAAUGUGACGGCUACUUUUUGCUCGGAUCGAGUGACAACGAAAUCAUGCAAUCCAUAUCAAAGAUGUCGUCGUUGCAGACGAAAAAGGAAAUUUUGAUUAUCGUGAAUAAUAAUGUUUCUGGUGAUUCAAAUAUAUUCGAUGGUUCUAUGUACGAAGAUGCGAAUGUAAAUAUAGUUUCUUUGUCCGGGAUAUGGAAAUUAUCAGAGAAUUACUUGAAACCUCGAGUAUUUACCAAACUCGAAAGGUACGAAGAAAUGGUGCACGAUUAUAAUAAAAUCGAUUUCCAAGGCAAAGAAAUUCAAGUUUGCAGCAUAUACAGACCACCCAUGACUUAUUUUAAUCGUACGAUUAAUAAAACAAUCGACGGUUCGGAAGUCGAAGUUUUCAUAAUGGAUGAUGAUUUGGAAAGGGACGGUAUCGAAAUGCAAUUGUUCUUGAUCAUGGCAGAGAAACUAAAUUUCACCUGGACGAUAAGAAAACCAAAAGGAAACUAUAGGUAUGGCAGACGAAUCAACGAAACAGUAUGGCAAGGUGGUAUGAUAGAAAUGUUGCGUAAUAAACAGGUAGACAUGGCAUUUGCUAGUAUUUGGUUAACGUACGAUCAGCAUGCAUUUAUUAAUUUAUCAGAAGCUUGGUACCAAGUGUACCUACAUUUCUUGGUACCUCGUCCACGUCGAACGACGAGCUUUUGGGCACUAACUAGACCAUUUUCAGAAAACGUUUGGUACCUAUUAGUAUCUGCAAUAUUCUUGCACAGUAUUUACACCUGGGCCCGUGCUUGGCUCGAUCCAAAAUUUCCAAAACGGUUCCGAAAUUUCCUAAUUACUCUGACGGACCUAAUUGGCUGUUUGCUGAGCAGCUCGGUGCCGAAAACUAUGGCGAACAACAAACUACAGAUACUUCUCUGGCAGACCGCUGGCUGGUUAAUAAUUACCGCUUAUUGCAGCAGCCUCGCCGCCUGGCUCUCUAGUUCUGAAUACGAGUCUAGAAUCGAUACCAUCGAACAGUUUCUCGAUUCGAAUUUACGCUGGGGAGAGAUGGGACAACCGCCGCCGUUCCGUGAUUACUUCGAUCUCACGGAUCCAUACGCGUCACAACUUCCAAGUAAAUACAUUAAUAUAGAAAACAACACGCAAGUGCAGGCGUUAAUUAAAGAGGGCAAUUUCGCGAUAAUAGGAAGGAUCGUAGACACGAGCUUCUUUCCGGAUGACUAUCUAACCAACGACGAUGUUAAGAAUUACAGGAUGAUGAGGCACUCGGUGGGUCACUAUUACGCUGCGUUUGCUGUUCAACCGUGGCUUUUGAGACCCAUAAAUAGGAUAAUAAUGUGGCUGAAGGAAACUGGAAUCACUAUCUGGCAUUUACGCAACGUCAUUCGCAGACGGGACAACUAUAACCUUCGCGAAGUUCGCUUGGAGCAUGACGGAUAUGAUGGAAGCGUACAGGUGCUCGGAUUGACUCCUCUCGGUGCUGGAUUUUCGUUGCUCCUCGUCGGUUUAUCGAUAGCGACGUUUGUAUUUUAUUUGGAACUUAAACAUGCCGCGAAAUCGACCUCUGUCCGUGUGAUUCUUCGAGAUAUCGAUAAUAAACGGAAGUGCAAGAGGCCAAAGUGAAAGACACUCUGACAAACUCGACUAACUUGAUUUCCAUAGGAAAGAUGAUUGUUUUCGUGGGUUCAAAUUGAAUUUUUAAGUUCAUCUGAUGUACCGUAGCGUUGAGAUAACAUAAAUAUUUAAAAGGUCAAUCGUUAUUGCAAAAUAAAAUCGUUUACAAGGA